AUGGCUGAAGAAGCUGCCGGGGGAGCCGUAAAAGCCUUACGGUCCUCCAAGAACACUCCCAGCCCAGAAACCGUCCACAAGGACGCAGAAAGAGGUGAGGUCCCCAACAUUGACCACAAAAUCGAUUUGCUGCAGAAGCCAUCAGCAAGAGUUCAACGGCCACUUGACAAGGAAGUUCCCUUCACUCGAUGUAUGGGCUGUGGAGGCCGACAUAGACGCUCGGAGUGCAGGUUCCGCACAGCAACGUGCCGGGCGUGCGGCAAGCAAGGCCACAUCGCCGCUGUCUGUAAAGGUCACCAGAGGGACAUUCCACAAGAAGAAUUUCUCAGGAAAGCGGUUAAAGGAGAAGCCACACUCAAAGUGCAGUUCAAAGAGUUUGAGGGUCCCUUGGACGUCGUAGUUUUUGAAGGCAACUGCACAAGCCUCAUCGGGCUAGACUGGUUUGAUGCAUUGGGCAUCCACGUGACUGGCAUACACAGAACGCAAGCAGCGGACCUGUCGUUAGUUUGCCAAGAGUUUGCUGAUGUAUUCAGCCAAGACUUAGGGAAGUACAAGGGUCCUCCAAUUACCCUCCACCUCGAUCCUACCAUAACCCCAGUAAGGAUCAAGCCUCAUAGAGUGCCUUUUGCCCUCAAACCCAAAAUCGAUGCAGAGCUGGACAAGCUGGUGCAACAAGGUGUGUUGCAGCCAGUAGACAGCAAUAGGUGGGAAACCCCCAUAGUUAUGCCACUUAAGGCCAACGGGGAGGUGCGCAUAUGCGCAGUUUAUAAGUGCACUAUUAAUAGAGCGCUUCAACAACAUUCAUAUCCGGUGCCUAUAGUCAGCCACAUUUUGGCGUCACUACAGGGAGGUCGCAUAUUUGCCAAAUUGGAUUUGGCUCAAGCCUACCAGCAACUGCCUGUGGACGAUGCCAUGUCAGAAUCUCAAACUAUAGUUACCCACAGGGGAGCUUUCAGGGUGAAGCGCCUACAAUUCGGGGUCAGUGUCGCCCCAGGACUUUUCCAGGGCGUGAUGGAGUGCACGCUCAAAGGUAUUCCAGGCGUGUGCCCAUAUUUCGAUGACGUCCUCAUAGCUGGGGAGUCAGUAGAGAAAUUGGCAGAAUGGCUCAGGGCUGUCCUUCAGCAUUUCCGUGAAGCGGGCCUGAAACUAAAAAAGGAGAAAUGUAAAAUUGGGGUAGCUUCGACCGAAUUCCUUGGUUUCCGCAUAGAUGCCGAAGGCAUUCACCCUGCUGAAUCCAAGCUCAAAGCAAUUCAGCAGGCCCCAAGUCCAAAAUCAAAGGGGGAGCUUCAAGCAUUUUUGGGACUGCUCAAUUUUUAUCAUGCCUUUCUACCACACAAGGCCGCAGUGGCAGAGCCGUUACACCGGCUCUUGGACAAGAAGGCACAGUGGCAGUGGACGAACAUCCACAAGAGGAGUUUUUCAGCAGUCAAAUCACUGUCUUCAAACUCAGUAUUGACACAUUUUAACGAAAAGCUGCCUGUCUGCAUUGCUUGUGAUGGGGUGGGGGCUGAGCUGAGUCAUUUAACGGCUGACGGAAGACAAAUUCCAAUAGCCUAUUAUUCAAGGACUCUGUCCUCGGCGGAAUGUAACUACGCCCAAAUAGAUAAAGAGGCACUGGCCAUUGUGCCCGGUAUUGAGAAAUUGAAUGACUACUUGUAUGGUCGGCCAUUCACGGUCUUUACGGACCACAAGCCACUCCUGGGUCUGUUCACGAUGGACAAACAAACACCUCAGAUUCUCUCUCCAAGGAUGCUGAGGUGGUCCAUUUUUCUCUCAGCUUAUAAUUACAGUCUGAUUCACAAACUGGGCAGGGAAAUGGGCCAUGCCGACGGCCUUAGCAGACUGCCCCUGCCGCACUUAGAGCCAGACCCCGCUCCAGUGGCUCACAUUCUGGCUAUCCAGGAUUUGCCGGAGUCUCCCUUUAAUGCAAGGGACAUAGCUACCAAAACAGCUUUGGACAAGACACUGAGCCGCAUGUUGAAUUGGGUGCUCACAGGAUGGCCGGACAUAAGUCCGGGACCUAGCUUUCAGAGUUUCAGUAGGAGGAAGGACGAGCUUUCAGCUCACAAAGGCUGCAUUUUGUGGGGGAGUCGGGUCAUAGUCCCGCACUCCUUGAGGCCCAGGGUACUUGAGUCUCUGCAUGAGGGACAUCUGGGAAUAGUCCGGAUGAAUGCACUCGCGAGAAGCUACCUGUGGUGGCCAGGUACGGAAUUUGAUGACAGCAGUGAUGACAGCAGUGAUGACAGCAGUGAUUUGACCGCCUUAAAUGCCAUCGAAUGUCUAAUGACCCACUGUGAACUGCAGGUGGGUAUUUCCACUCGCCCGAGUUUUCAGUGA